AUGUACAAGGGGAAAUACCACCUCUUUUACCAGCACCUGCCAGAGGGCUGCGAGUGGGCGUUUGGCCUGGUCUGGGGCCAUGCGGUCAGCACGGACUUAGUGCAGUGGCACCACCUGCCGCACGCCCUGGAGCCGACCCCGGGCUCCCUGGAUGCAGAUGGCUGCUUCAGCGGCUGCGCGACGGUCGACACCGACGGGCGGCCGGUGAUUCUGUACACCGGCGUGCGGCUGCGCACCAACCCGGCGCUGCCUCUGCCGCCCGCGGACCGCGACCUCAACCUGCCGUUUGUGGAGAGCCAAAUCAGCGCGAUCCCCGCGGACCCAGACGACCAUGACCUCAUAACUUGGUGCAAGGACUCGGCCCCCUUCCUCGAGCUGCCGCCGCCAGACCUGGAGCUCACCGGGUGGCGCGACCCCUUUGUCGUCGAGCGCCCCAGCGCGGCAAACGGCAACGAGUGGAUCGUGCUCAUCGGCAGCGGGCUCAAGGGCGUCGGAGGCGCAUGCCUGGUGUACCGCACAACUGACCUGCGGCGCGCCGCGGCCUGGCGGUACGACGGGCUGCUCUGCUGCGGCGACGGCGAGACGGGCGCCGUCUGGGAGUGCCCCUUGGUGGCUGAGCUGCAGCCGAUGCCGCCCGGCGCGCGCGCGCCGCCGGCGCUCGCGCUCGGCCUCGGCGGUCGCCUGCGCGGCGGCGCCAGCGGCCUCGGCCACGCCGGCGCCGGGCUGGGCGCGGGCGGCGACGGCGCGGGCAAGGCGGCCGGGGGCGGGCACGAGCGCCGCCCUCUGCGGCACGACGGCCCGCAGCCGCACCACCACCAUCACGCCGGCGAGCAGCAGCAGCAGCAGCAGCAGCACUACCACCACCAGCUUGACCCGGUCAACGAGCUGCAGCAGCUCAAGCUGGAGGCGGCCGCUGCGCCACGGCGGCGGCGGCACUUCUACACCAUCUCCCCUGACGCCUGCACCAACCCCACCAUCUACUGGCUGGGGGACUAUGCGGGCGGGCGCUUCGACAUGGCGGGCGCGGCGGGGCCAUUUAGGUUGGAUCUUGGGGAUGUGCUGUACGCGCCGAACGUGAUGGAGGAUGACCACGGGCGCACGCUGCUGUGGAGCUGGCUGCAGGAGAAGCGCACGGUGCAGGGGUUGACGGACGAGGGAGAGGUUGAGAGCGAGGGUGGAGGGCGCUGA